AUGCAGUUCGUCGUACUCGCCGCCUUGAUCGCUGUCGCCGCAGCCAAUUCCGAAUACCUUGGCCAAACUUCUUCAAAUUCCGCUUCCAAUUUCCGUUCUUAUUCACCUUCAACGUACGAGGUCAAGGAAUACCCCGCCCAGCCUUACUCAUUCAACUGGGCUGUCUACGAUGGUUACGGCAACGACUACGGCCACUAUGAGAGCAGUGACAGCAAAGUAACCACCGGCAGUUACCGUGUCCUCCUUCCCGAUGGGCGCGUUCAAAUCGUAACGUACAGAGAUGAUGGCUACGGAUAUAUUGCUGAUGUCAAGUACGAAGGUGAAGCCAAGUACCCCGCUCCAUCCGCCUACUCCGGACAGGCUUACUCCGCACCUGUAUUCACCUCUCAAGUUGUCACUGCUCCAGCUGUAUCAUCUCGUACUUACUCCGCACCAGUUGUUACCGGUCCUGUUGCUCCUACUCGCGUUUUAACCACUUCAUCUGUUACCGCUCCGGGUGCUAACUCGCGCACUUAUUCCGCACCAGUCUUCACUUCACCUGCUUUCACCGCUCCUCAAGCCAUCUCUCGUACGGUCGUCGCUCCAGCUGUAGCUUCUCGCACUUACUCCGCACCCGUUUUCACCUCUCCUGUUGCCAGCGUUUCUAGUGACAACUCCCGCAGUUAUUCCGGCCCAGUUUUAACAUCCUUGGGUGUCACAGCACCUGUAAUCACUUCCGUCCCAAUCACAGCUCCUGCUACAUCAUCUCGCACUUACACCGCGCCAGUUUUUACCGGUCCUGCUGUUGUUCUCAACUCUGGAUCUGUCACAGCUCCAGGUGCUAACUCCCGCACGUAUUCCGCCCCGGUCUUGACUUCUUCUGCUGGCCGCACUUCGGGAGCCAACUCUCGUACUUAUUCCAGCCCUGUUCUCACCUCUUCGUCUGUCACAGCUCCAGGCGCUCCUUCCCGCACUUAUUCCGCACCGGUCUUCACUUCUCCUUCGUCCUCAUCUAAUGUAUUCACCUCGUCUUCGGUCACUGCUCCUGCUGCAGCUUCUCGUACGUACUCUGCACCAGUUUUUACAGCUGAUGACUCCGCUUUUGGCCGUGUUUCCCAGACCGUCACUGCUCCUGGCACUGGAUCCGUCUACACGACUUCCGGUAACGUUGCUCGCGACUACUAA